AUGAGGUUGGAGGUUGUUAGCGCACCAAUCAUAGUAUUUGAUGAUUAUCGAGUGUCAAAUUUUAGCACUAAAAUACAAAUUACAACAUCAAAGUUAUCAACUGGAGUAUCUAUUGAGAAGUUGUCUCAAGUGAUAAAGUUGAUGACCGAUUUGGAUCUACAAGAUGCCAAACUAGAUGGUGAAACUAAUACAAUUAACUUUAAUUUAAAUUCACCUAGUGAGUUUGAUAUGCUCACUGAUACGCCCAUCAAGAUAUUAAAUCAAAUUAUUUCUUUUGAAAUUUUGAAAGAUAAAACCAAAGUUUAUAUUUUUGAAAAUAGCAAUGGUGUAAAUUUGGUGCUGAGUGAAUAUGAUGUCAAUCUUUCAUCGAAUUUCGAUGAUAUUACAGUGACUUCAGAAGAGCAAAAGGAAAUAGAGAUACCAGGAGUCAACAUUAAAUUAACAGUUAAGAGUGCUUUCUGUUCGAAUCCCAACAAAGGAAUGACUAUUACCUAUCGCAUCACCCAGCCAGGUGUUCUGGCAUCCACCUUAAGAGAGACAUUAGUUUGCAUCACUCGUACUGAAGAAUUCCAAAUAAUGCCUCUAGAUGAAACUUGUGGAUUUAUCACUUUCAAAAGCCAACCAAUUAAACUAUCUAUCUUAACCAACAAUAAGGAGAUUACUUUGCAAGUUCCACUAAAUCAAAAUACUCAACCUUUAUCAAAACCAUCUACCACACCAACUUCUACUGCAACUACUUCUCCAUCAGCUUCAUCCAUUCCCAAACCAGCUACUGCUAAACAAUCUAAAACACCAGCAGCAACAACAACAACAACAACAACAACCACGACACCUCAAGUUGUCAACAAUAAAAAACCAAAAAAAGAUAGAUUUGUUGCAACAUCCAUUAUACCAAAGAAUAUCAGUCCAUCUGAUUUAACCAAGAUAUUGACAGAGUCCAAAUACAAGGUGAAAUUUAUUAUAAUUCGUGCAAAGGUUGCAUAUGUAGAGUUGGAUAAAGAGUCACAUGAAAGGAUACGUUCUGAUAAAACUAUUAUGACUAAGGAUGGUUUUAAGUUUAGCUUUAAAAAGUUUGGAGGAGAGAUCCCAGCAAUUAAAGCAUACCUCUUUCCAUACAAAGAAGGUAUAAAUCUCUGGGAUGUAGGAAAUACAAUUGAAAAGCUCAUCAAUGCACCCACUGGAAAGAUUAGAUAUGAGAAAUCACAUUUAAUCAUUCCAUUUUCGUCACUAGAGGAGAAGAAGCAACUUCUUGAUCUUAGAAGUAUCAAUAUCAAGUGUGGCAAUUUCCGAGCUGAUGCCACUAAAGAUGAAAGAAAGAAAAGACAUAUGCAUCAACUCUGGGUAUUCGAUAAGGAAGAUCAGACCAGAAGAAUUGCGUCAAGAUUGGUUGAAGUGCCAGAGUUGAAAGUUAAACUGUUGGAAGGUUCAAUGAAGCGACUGCUGGAACAAAUCAACACACAAUUCAAUGUUAGCAUUGAGAUGGAAAAGAAUGGUGCCAAUUGUUCAUUGAAAUUGUCAUCACCAUUAGAUAAUAUCAACGAAGCACAAGAGCAACUCAAACAAAAGAUCAACGAUAUCAAAGAAAUCAAUUAUUUCUUUAGAGUUGACACUGAUAUCAAGAAGAAUUUGUUGUCCCCCAUGAUACGUUCGAUCUUCAAAGAACUACCCAACAGUAAAUCGAUUAACUAUUCCAUUUCAGAGAAAAAGGGUAAAGAAGCAUGGUCUAUUAACAUCACAUUCUCUGGUGCUGACAAUGAAGUUAUGGAGAUCCAAAGGUUGUUGAAAGAGGUCGAAGUCGAAGAACAUGAGUUACCACCUAAGGAGUUAGUACUUAUUCCAGAGUCAGUCAGACAGGAGUUCUCAGUUAGUCUCCAUCUCGGUGAGAAAUCAAUGAUAAUAUGUGGUGGGCUGAAGAAUCUUACCAACUUUAAACAGUGGAUUCAAUCCAAUUUGAAGAAAGACACUCGUGUAGAGAUGGAAAUGUCACAAGCCGAAUUGUUUUUCUUCCAAUUUCUUAUCAAGUCUGAUUUCCAUGAUGUCGUUGUAACCGAGACUAAGAAUGGAUUGAUUAUCAAUGGUGAUGAAAAGAAAGUAAAAGAGGCACAGGAUCACGUUUUGAAAAUGAAGAAGUCGAUCGAAGAAGUCAAUUUUUCAAAAUCAUUUGCGAAAAAUCUGAUGACAGAGAUUUCUCCUUUUUUGAAAGAUUACUUCAAGGAUGAUAUAGUUUACACUCGCUUUGACAAUCCAUUUGCUAAAAAACCAAGACCGAGAAGAACAACAACAACAACAACAACAACUACAACAUCAUCAUCUUCUUCUUCUUCAUCUUCAGAUAUCUCAUCAGAUGAAGAUUCAAAUGAUGAAUAUAGUGAAGAUGAAGAACAAUUCAAAGAAGAAUAUGGAGAUGUGAAGUUUCAAUUGUUUAUUCACCGUGAACGUGACUAUGAGAACCUAAAGAAAAAGAUUGUCGAACUAAAGUACAUGAAUGAAGGUCGUGCCUAUGAGUUUAAUUCGGUUUCCAUCGAAGAACAACGAUUCAUUCUCAAGUUCUUUGGCGACAAGUAUUCCAAUCGUAUUACAAUCUUUCAGCGUCAAAAGAUGGUUGUGGUUCAAGGUCUAUGGCAAUCGGAUGUCAAGAAGCUAGUUUCAGAGAUUCAGUCUAAACGUGCAUCUUUCACCACGACUGAGCGUCAUGUAAUUGAAGGUGAUCAAUUCAAAUUCCAAUAUCUUACUGCCACCGAUAAGAGAUUGAUGAAAAUCCAGAAUGAAUUCGAUGUAAAAUUAAAGUAUGACACUAAAGAUCAGAGUAUCAUCUACAAUGGUCAACACACCAACAUCAAGCUAGCCAAGAAACAUAUUAAAUCGAUAGUUAAAGGUUUGAAGAUGGAAAGAUACGAUAUAUCGUCAUACCUUCUUUCAAUCAAUCGUCUGGUUGAACUUAGAAAAGAGUUGAAUGAGAAAUUCGAUGUGGAAAUGGCAUACACCGAAACUAGAGAUCAUAUUAUUGUCAUUGGUCAGUCACUAUCUACUUCUUGGGGCGAAAUCAAGGGAUUACUCGAUAGUCUGGUUCCAGUUGAGGAGAUAUGGCCUUCGAUGGAGGAUGAACCAAUUAAGAACCAUAUGGAUUUCGAAGAGAGUUUCUUGGAGUCCAACAAUAUUCUGAAGAUUAAGUACUUGAAAGAUCAGAAACGAUUCAUGGUCUUUUGUAAGAAUCAAGCUGAGAUGGACGAUGCCAUUGAAUCUUUGAAUGAUAUGAUCAAGAAUCAAGUGAAAUUCACAAAGAGAAUGGAUGUUCGUUCCAACUACCAUUGGAUUCUCGUUACAAGAUUCGAGUUGGCGCAAUUCAAACAACUUCAAUCGAAGCAUCCAAAAGUAAAGUUUACAGAGAAGGAUAAAUCAAUUCAAAUGAGUGGAGUGAAAGAAGAUGUUCUACCUGCUUACGAUGACCUACACCAAUGGCUUUCAAAGUUAGUAUUGGGUAUCACAACAGUCAGACAAUCCAUUCCGAAUCCAGUUGCUCUUGAACUGCUCAAACCAACAUUCUACACCUAUUUCCUUGAUAAAUACAAGAUGUUGAUCCAACAGAAUGUAGAUUCCAAUGAAACAUUGAUUUCAAAGAAAGUUAGUGAAACAAUCUUUGAAGUGAAUCGUGGUGACAUUCUUUUGGAAAAGACAGAUUGUAUUGUCAAUGCUGCUAAUGAACAGCUCCAACAUUACGGUGGUAUUGCUUCACAGAUUGCCGAAGCAGCCGGUCCAGAGUUCCGUAAGCAAUGCUCGGAUUGGGUGCAAAAGAAUGGACCUGUUCUUACUGGUAAAGCGAUGGCAACUGCUCCAGGUCGUCUCGAUUUUAAGCUGGUGAUUCAUGCAGUCGCUCCAAUUUGGGACAGUAAGAAAGUCAGUGUCUGUCAAGAUUUAUUGAAGAAAGCAAUCGACAGUAGUCUCAAAUUAGCUGUUCAAAACAAAUGUUUUACCAUUUCAAUUCCGGCUAUAGGCUCUGGCAUCUAUGGUGUUCCAAAGUUAACAUCUGCCAAAUGUAUUAUCGACUCUACUUUGAAUUUCAUCAAAGAAAAUCCUGGCAAGAUCUACAAGAUCAUCUUUUGUGAUCGUGACGACGAAGUUCUUAAGCAUCUCUAUGAGUAUCUUGACAAGAAGACAACCUCAAUUCUUACCAAUAUCAUCCAAUUGUUUUCCAAAUCAGAGACAACAGAAAACAAGGCAGUUGGAAUUACAAAAGGUAGUACAGAAUCAUCAACCUCUACUUCAACAACUUCAACAACUUCAACAUCAACAACAACUUCAAAAGCAGAACCAUUCAAAUAUUCAAAUGCAACAUUUGAUCCAAUGUAUCAAUGGAAAUGGCAAGAGAAUGAUGGUAGUUUUAUUUCGUUCGAUCCAGAUCAAAACUAUCAGAUUGAAAUUGCUUUCCUCAAGAAGGAAAAGAAGUUGGAAGUCCAAGGUGAUCUAAACAUGCAAAAGAAUGGUGAAAAAUAUCUCAUUGAUUUGGUGAAUAUGACUGAAAUGAACACCAAAUACAUGAGAAAUUUACGACCAAUCAAAAGAACCUUGAUGAAUGCCAAGAAGCAAUAUGGAUGGUAUUAUUUGAGUGCCGGAGGACAAAAAGUCUACCUUCAAGACAUUGGGAAUCAAAUUGGUUUGGCGUUUGAAAGAUCAAUGAAAAUUCGUAUCAACAAUCCAGAUGCAACAAUCAAUUUCCCAGAAUCAACUAUUUCAUUGUAUGUCAACAAUAGAAUAACCAAUACAUUCCGUUUACAUCAACGAUCGUAUGAAGAAUCGUUCAAUGACUAUGUUGAAGCCACCAAACCAACUCAAAGAACCAUGGAAGUUGGCAACAAUGAAGAUAGUACAGUUUCAGAGAUGGAACCAACUCAAACUAUUCUGAUUAGUUGCCCAAAUGAAGAAUCUUCAAAGAGAUGUGUUGAAUACUUAAAGACAGAGAUUGAGAGUAAUUACCAUGAGAAGAGAAUUGUCCAGAUUACUUCAGCUCAAUAUCAACGUUUGCAAUCAGAGCUCAACAAGAUUGCAACAAAUCAUCAUUGUAAAAUUAAAGAGAGUAAAGAUAUCGAAAAGAUUCAAAACAAUUUGUUGUGGGAGAAGUAUUCAACUCGUCGUGAUCAAAUGGUGAAGAAGAUCAAUCCUAAAAUGAAGAAACAAGAGAUCGAAAGUCAUGAAAUGAUGCUUUUCCAUGGAACCAGAAACAACGGUCCAGAGCUAAUUUACAACGAUGAAGAUGGUUUUGAAUCUAGAUAUUCAGCAACUGGAAUGUGGGGUCUAGCCACUUAUUUUGCAAAGAAAGCAUCAUAUUCUCAUGAGUAUGCAUACAGAAAUCCUCGAACUGGAUAUCCUGGACAACAACCCUAUCGACAGAUGUUCUUGGCGAGAGUAUUGAUUGGUGAUUGUAUCCAUCUCAUGCCAAACCAACCAAAUCUUAAAAAACCACCAAAGAAAGAACAAACCAAAGAAUAUUCCGAAUACUUUGACACUGUUUCUGGUGAGACUCAAGGCAGUUAUGUUUAUAUGGUUUAUGAAAAUAAUCGUGCUUAUCCAGAGUACUUAAUUACAUAUCUUAGUGAUAAAUAA